AUGGCGCAAUAUAAUCCAGAGACCGACAUUUAUGAAUCACCAACGCUAGCAAUCAAUUUUGGAACUCUGAUCAAAAAGUGCUGUGACUUAGCAUAUGUUGAUUUGCUUCAAAAGAAAAACACAAAUGAACACAGGAAAGACUUGAAGAUUUUAAAGAGACUUAUAGAGUCUCAAUGGGCAGAUGAAGUUUCGGCACAGGCAGGUACGAAUUUAAAUCAGAAUAAAUGGAACCAAGAAGAGUUAUUGCCACUUACCAGUGAUUUAAAAAAACUUAAUAUAUAUCUACAAAAAACUUCAGAGGAAGCAUUCAAUAAGUUGAAAAUUAACGAAAAUGAUACAUUUGCCUAUAAUACUUUGAAAGAAGUGUUAUACGCUCAGAUCAUUUUUCUCAAUAGGAGACGGCCGGCAGAAGUUGCUCAAUUAAAAGUACAAACAUUUAAGUCGAUUAAUCUAGAAAAUGAGUACACCAAUGAAUUCGAAAAUUGUCUAACUGAGACAGAAAGAAUAUUACUCAGCACGUAUAGCCGCUUCGUUAUUAGGGGAAAACGUGGAAGGGGCGUUCCAGUCCUACUAUCACCUGAAAUGAAAAAACAUUUUGAUUACAUUAUAGAAAUACGAAGUAAAUUUGUAGCUGAUAAUGAUUUUGUGUUCCAUACAAGUGGUCAAGGCUUUAUUGACGGAACCAAAGUUCUUCAUAAAUAUGUUAAUAAAUGCGGAGUGGAGAGACCCGGUAGUAUAACAGCCACAAGACUCCGAAAACAUCUGGCUACAAUUACGCAGCUUCUCCAAUUUUCAAAUAAUGAUAUGGAGCAGUUAAGCAAAUUUAUGGGACAUAUUUUAAAAACCCACUGUGAUGUUUAUAGAAUGUCUGACAAAAUCUAUCAAACAGCAAAAGUCUCUAAACUCUUGAUGUUAAUGAUGGAGGGAGGCGCUGACCAAUUCAGGGGAAAAACAUUGGAUGAGAUUCAAAUCGACCUGAACCCUAUUUAUGAUAAUGAAACCAUAACAAAAAAAAUAGAUUUGGACCCAAUUGAUCGAAAUGACUUAGAAAAGAGAAACUUAGAAAAAGUUCACAAAUUUAAAUCUAAGAAACUAAUACCAGACAAUAGACAAACAUGGAGUGCUACACAAAAGAAAAUGGUAGCGGAACAUUUUUCCCAACAUAUAAAAGAAAAUAAAUCUCCGAAACAAUAUGAAGUUGUCGAGUUUGUGAAUCUUUAUCCUAAAAUAUUCGAGAACAAGAAGUGGACGUCAAUUAAAGCCAUGGUUUACAACAUGUACACAGGGAAGUUGAAAUAUAACUAA